AUGAGCAAGCGGCUUAUCGUUGUGUCUAAUCGGCUUCCGGUCACUAUUACAAAAGAUGCAUCUGUGCCUGGUGGCUAUUUGUUCAAGCACUCGUCAGGUGGACUUGUAUCAGCGUUGAGCGGUGCCAAAAAACUCAUGAGCUUUACAUGGAUUGGAUGGCCCGGCGUGAAUGUACCCGAGAGCAGUGUCCCAUACAUUGAAGCAACUCUAGAACGUCAAUACCAGUGUAAGCCUGUAUGGCUGCCGGACGACGUCGGGGAGCGACACUACAACGGUUUUUCUAAUUCAAUCCUGUGGCCGCUUUUCCACUACCAUCCAGGAGAAAUGAAUUUCGACGAGGACAACUGGCGCGCAUAUCGAGAGGCAAACUUGCGCUUUGCACAGACGGUGAGGCGUGUUUUACAACCGGGAGACUGUGUCUGGGUGCAAGACUACCACCUGAUGCUCUUGCCCUUGAUGUUGACGGCCCUUCUCGAGCAUGGCGACAUUGAGCGGCUCGUGCCAAGUGACUGCUCUAAUAUCGAUGUAACCAACUCCAUGGGACUUGAAACGCUUGAUGUGAUGUCAUUCUUCAACUCGGAACGUGCCGCAAAAUCGCCUCUUCGUCGUCGCGAUAUACAACUGGGCUUUUUUCUCCAUACACCUUUUCCUAGCAGUGAAGUGUAUCGGAUCUUGCCUGUGCGUCGAGAAAUCCUACUAGGCAUUCUAUUUUCUGACCUGAUCGGUUUUCAUACAUAUGACUAUGUGCGUCACUUUCUCUCAUCAUGCGUCCGUAUGCUCGGAUUACCGACGUUCCCCAACGGUGCUGAUUUCGCCGGCCGCCGCAUUCAGGUGCGGACGUAUCCGAUUGGCAUUGAUCCCAAUCAGUUCGAGACAGCUCUUAAGCAAUCCGUUGUCCAGGAACGCAUACGUACAUUAGCCCGACGAUUUGAAGGUGUGAAGAUCAUCGUGGGCAUCGAUCGACUCGACUAUAUCAAGGGCAUACCACAGAAACUUCAAGGACUCGAGACGUUUUUGGAGGAGCACCCUGAAUGGAUUGGCAAAGUCGUGCUUGUUCAGAUCGCCGUCCCAUCACGCCAAGAUGUGGAAGAGUAUCAGAACCUGCGUGCGACGGUCAAUGAGGCGGUUGGCCGCAUCAACGGCCACUUUGGCACUGUGGAAAGCAUGCCGAUUCACUUGCUCCAUCGCUCAGUCGACUUUAACGAGCUGUGUGCACUGUAUGCAGCAAGCGACGUAUGUCUUGUGACGAGCACGCGCGAUGGAAUGAACCUCGUUUCGUACGAAUAUGUCGCAUGCCAGCAGGAGCGUAAUGGAGUCAUGAUUCUGUCAGAGUUUGCCGGCGCAGCGCAGUCAUUGAACGGCUCGUUGAUUGUAAAUCCUUGGGACCGAUUUGCGGUGGCCGAUGCCAUCCACACCGCACUUACGAUGGACCAUGAAACACGCAAGGCGAACUCUGAGAAGCUAUGGUGCUAUGUGAAAAAGCACACAUCUGCCUGGUGGGGUCGCAGUUUUAUUGAUGAUUUAGAACUUGCUGGGAGUGAGGCACCUGCGACAGCGUUUAAACAUGCAUAG